UUAUUUAAUUCAUACAGUUAGUUCAUUCGGUUAUUGAUUUAUUAUCGAAAACACGGACGAGAUAUAAUUAAAGAUCGAUGGUCUUAUGGGAUUUAUUAGCAUAUUACUGAAAAAAAAAUUCGCUACGCGCUACUGUAGCAAUUACAUAAAAGAUCUAUACGUUUUUGAUAAUAAAACAAUAACUGGAUGAACUAAGAUAAGACGCAGCGAGUUUUCCUUUCAGUCACACUAAAUCCCAUAAUCCAUAAGAUCACCGGUCUUUGAUAUCUUGUCGGUGGCAUUGUGUUUACUAAAUAUCCGUUUAUUACUUAUUGAAGAAAAAUAAUUAAUGGUGCAACUAUUGCGAUGUUUCGUAAAGUUAUCUUGGGAGUACGCGGUCAGAUCAGUCAAUUAAACAAUAUACGAUUUUUAUCGCAAGAAAUAAAUGAAAGCACAAAAAUAGAGAAGACUGUAAAUAAUGUAGUUUUACUUGGAAGAGUCGGCGCAGAGCCACAGAAACGUGGAAGCACCGAACAUCCAGUUAUAAUAUUCUCUCUUGCAACACAUACAAAUUAUAAAUAUGGAACAGGUGAUUUUAUGCAAAGAACAGAAUGGCAUAAGAUAUGUGUCUUUAAGCCUAGUUUGAGGGAUGCUGUAUAUAAUUAUUUAAGAAAGGGCCAGCGAGUAAUGAUAAAUGGUAGGAUAAGUUACAGUGAAUUUAAAGAUGAAGAAGGAAAUUCACGUCCCAGUACAGCUAUCAUAGCAGAUGAUGUAAUAUUCUUCCAAUAAGGAGCCUUUUAUAUACAAAUAUAUAUUGUAUUUUUUUUCAAUAAUAUUGAUCUAAAAAUGUA